AUGUGGGCUAGUGACCCAGCGACAUUCAACAAGAAGAUGCUUCUGCUUGGACAGCACAAGCAAACUGCCGACGUUACCAGUGUGCUCCCCGAGGGGUUCUUGCCAUGCUACGGUCACUGCUUACAAGGGGUGCCCGACGAACAAUCUAGGCAUUUCUGUGAGAUAAAUGACCUGGCCGAUGCGGGUCCCUCCACAGGUGCUGAUGCCGAAGAGCAACCAACCAGCGCGUGUAGAGAUGCUAAAGUGUUGUCACUAGCCAUACGAGAACCAGAUGCUACAAACGAGACAAGAGAAGAAUCGCGCCUUAGAAUCUCAUACGACAGUCUCACCCGUGAUCUAUUGGCCAUGUAUGAAACACUCGAGCAGCUCAAGAGGAGGCAGUUGCGAAGAAGAAGCAGUGUUCUCCUUAUUUAUGGGUUUUUCGUAUCCUUAAGCAUGCUGUAG